CCCGGCCGCUCUCCCUCCCUGGCUGCUGCCCGGCGUGCAGGGCCCGGCCGCCGCCAUGUCGGUCCCGGUCGAGCUCUCGGUGCAGGACCUCAACGACCUGCUCUCGGACGGCAGCGGCUGCUACAGCCUCCCGAGCCAGCCCUGCAACGAGGUCACCCCCAGGAUCUACGUGGGCAACGCGUCUGUGGCCCAAGACAUCCCCAAGCUGCAGAAACUGGGCAUCACCCACGUCCUGAACGCUGCUGAGGGCAGGUCCUUCAUGCACGUCAACACCAGCGCCAGCUUCUACAAGGACUCUGGCAUCACCUACCUGGGCAUCAAGGCCAACGACACACAGGAGUUCAACCUCAGCGCCUUUUUUGAAAAGGCAGCAGACUUCAUCGACCAGGCUUUGGCUCAAAAGAAUGGCCGAGUGCUUGUCCACUGCCGUGAGGGCUACAGCCGCUCACCGACUCUGGUCAUCGCGUACCUCAUGCUGCGCCAGAAGAUGGACGUCAAGUCAGCCCUGAGCGUCGUGAGGCAGAACCGCGAGAUCGGUCCCAAUGAUGGUUUCCUGGCCCAGCUCUGCCAGCUCAAUGACAGACUAGUCAGAGAGGGGAAAUUGAAACUCUAGGGCGCCCCACCACUGCCUCCUCUCUGGAGGUGGGGUGGGGGAGGCCCUGGAGGAGUCCCGAGUCGCCAUGUUUAGGAAACACCCUGUUCCCAGCAUCACCAGGCACUUCCACAAGUCUGUCCCCACAGGCCCUGGCCGCUGCCCCCCCGGAGCGUAUAAAAGCGACUGUAAGAGAGCGUUCUCGCUCCUUGGUGUGUCCGGGGCCUACAAUUACGAUGUCCUCUCCUCAGAGGGGGAUUGCCUGUGACCCGCAUGCUUCUUCCUGAUGACCCAGGGCAGGAGGCCUGUGGGGACGUAAGGCCCAAAACACCUACCGGGGCCCUCAGGACCUCCCCCAUCCCACCUCCCACCCCUACUCCUGGUUUCUCUGAGUGGGGACCACAGCACCUUGAACCCUGUCAAGGAUCUAUGCAAACGUGGCCCGUGUCUCCCGCCAUGUCUGUUGCCCUCCCCCGGCCUACCCCAGUCUCCUCACAGCCAUCUACACUCUGUUCGUAGGCAGAGGUGUCACGAGGCCUGAAGCUGGUGUGAGGGUAGCUGUCAGUGGUCGGUGGAAAUUUCCACCGAGAGACUGAAUUUUAAUUAUUUCUUUAGGGUUAAAGAUAUCCAAACAAAGGGGCCCUGCAGUGGGCAAACACCUCUCCUGCAGGACUCUCUACACCAGAAGUUUUUUAAAAUGUGAGCCUCUGGAAGGCUUGAGUUCCGAAUCCACGGGGACAUUCUCCGUGGGCUGCUCUCAGUCACCAUGUGUUAGAAGAGCAGUACCUUGGGCUGGGUUUUAUUUUUCUUUUUUAGAAAACAGGGUGUUGAAGUCCAGCCUAUUUAAAAACCCCACCAUUUGGAGAAUGACAAGGGUUUUGUCCUGAAUUAUAGUGUUGGUGAGCCCCAGCCACCCGUGCUAACUGCUUUUCGUCUCCGCUGCUAUUCCAAGAACAGAAAGCGGAAGAUGGCCAAUUACAGCGUGUGGGGGGCGUGGGGGGUGUGGGGUGCUGGCUGAGGGGGUGUCUCUCAGAAACACAGCCAGAGGACAAGCAGGGAGAUGAGCUGUCUCAGGCUAACGCCCUGCCCAUGCACAGGUAGUUCUUCUAGCGCUCUGGUGCCAGAAAAGAUCUGGGAGCCUUGGGAGCAAAAAUGACUCAGCCAGGCAGAAGUGAAAUGUGGCGAAGCCUCCAAGGAGGCCCUUGCUGGUAGUGCCAGCGAGUGGAGAGACACCGCCUUUGUGAGGACUGCUCUUGGAUGAGGUCGGAACACACGAGCACUCACACUUGUGCACGUGAGGCAGCAUGCAGGAGUUUGGCUUUGAACACUUCCGGUUGGGACUCUGCACGUUGCCUUCAGGGGAGCCACGAGGAGCUCCCACCUUCAGGCGCUCUGAUGGCACAGAGGUGGUCCUCAGCCGUGCCCCCAGGGCCAGCACAUUGGUGUCUGGUGAAAGUGUGCUAAAGAAGUUAAACAUUUUUGAGCACCAAAUACAUGGAGGGUGUUCUGGUGGGCAGAGCAGUUUCCUAGGAACUUGAAUUCCUUGAAGGAGCGCAUAUAAGGAUUUGCAAGGGAGUCUUACCUGAAGUGAAAUAUCAGGGACUUUUGUUGAAUAUUUAAAAUUCAGUUUUAAAUUUAAAUUCAGGCAGUGUCAAUAUGGCGAGUGGGGAAUGUGCCUUUCUCAGAGUUGACCAAGAGCUUCCGGCUAGGGUGAGGAGAAGCAGGCGGACCUGGGCCUCACAGGUGCAUGAUCCCCGGCCGCAGCAGGUCCCCUUGCCUCUGUGACCACAACAGCACUGAGCAAACGAGGACCUGUUUUCUAGGCUGGGGAGACCCACCUAAGUGGAUGGUCAUCCUCUAAACUAAGUACCUCAUAGUUUCCCCAUAACUGUCCCCACCUAAUCUCAUUUGACCCUCACAAUAACCUCACACCUUUGGUAGAGCUUCUUCACGUAUCGUUGCUUUUGAAAAAAGAAAUCAGGGUUCAGGCUUACAGAACUCAAAGGCAGAGCUGAGGCAAAGUUUCAGGCUUGCUGCUCCUCAAGGCUGAAUUCUUCCUCAUACCACAGUCCCCCAAUGAGCCCCGGGAGUAUCAGAGCACAGGCCCCGCCCCAGCCCUUGUGCACAAGGCCAGCCAGCUUUGUGGACAUGACACAGGGACUCAGGCUGUGGUGCCAGGGCCUCUGGGUGGGGGUGGACGGCGAUAGCACAAAGCCAGCGUGCCCCUGGAAGAGGAGACCGAAGUGUGGGUCUCUGCGUGGGUUAGAAUAUAUGUGGAUCUUCCUGCAAGACACAAUAACAUCCCCCAGUCGGAGCAUCUGGAAGAGGCUGAGGGGCUGGGCCUGAGGUCCCCUCCCAGCUAGCAGUCACCCCACAGGUAGCAGCCACACCUGUCCACAGGGGAACGCAUCAGGUUGGUGUGGCUAGCUAACCAAGCUAACCAGGGCCUCCCAAGGUCCCGGUGUGAGGGCGCGAGCAAGAAGAGGCCAUAGGGAAGAAUUACUGCCUUUACCUUGGGGCGCCUUUUAUGCUGGUAUCUUGUCACUUCUUCAGUCCAAGAAUCCCCCUAUUUACGUAGGACUCAGCUCUUCCUUCUUUGAAUAAAACAAAUAUUAAGUAGAAGCCAACACAUGCCCAGCUGUGCGUGGAAGCUGCUGCUUGGCAGCUUUCUCCCCCUGGGAAGUGGUGGAGCAGGAACUCAGGGUGCCCUCUCCCCUCCUCUGACCUGAUCAUUGCUCUGACUAGCAGACUCCAUCUAGGCAAAAGAAGAGCACCAGUCGGCUCUCUGAAUUCUAAAGCAGUUCACCUUCCAUAGGCUGGUCUGUUUCCCUGCCACUCUGAGAUAUCUGGAGAGCAGAAAUCACCAUCAAGCAAGGAGACUGGUCUAGAAGGCCCCUGGGGUCCCCUUUGGCUCUAACACAGGGGAGUUCUCUAAGGAUGCCCAUUUGGAUUUAACUCCGCUUGGAAGGAUGCAGUAACACAGUGACCAGCAGGUGGGGUCUUCUUCUAUCUGUGGUGGUGGCUCAAAAUGUUGGUGCCUCUCCAGUCACAGGUUAAUGUUAAGAUGUGAAAGUUUUCAUCAAAAUAAGCACUGGUUUAACGAGCAUAUGAGCUUUUCUCACAGGAAAUUUUCUGUUAUAAAACCACUGUCAAAGAUCACUCAAGAGCCAACAAUGAUGGUCCUUCCCAGUCAAAAUUUUAUCCUGACUGUAAAGGGAGGUCACCUCCAGUUGAGACCCAGGUGGUGGAAGCUUAAAUUACCUCCCGUCAGCUUCUAGAGUAAUUGUGAAAGUGCGACUUUUCUGUACAGAAAAGGGAAGAUAUCCAUUGGUUAAAAAAUAAAGUUUAAUGUCUGCUGUCUCACAAAUCAGUGUUAAAGCACUAAAAAUGUAACCAAAAUAAAUGUCUUCUAUU